AUGGACCAGUCUAACUUAUUUCCAAGCUCCCCCCAACCAAAACCGUCCACUGAACCACCUGCAGGUCCUUCUGGUCAAGGACCUGUGUGUUAUUGGGAGAAUUGCAUGCUUCAAUAUGCAGAUCACAGAGCGCUAGGCACCCAUUUGUCUGAAGACCAUGUGGGAUGGAAGAGAGGAGAAUAUCGCUGCGAAUGGGCAGAUUGUAUCCGACAAGGUGUUAAAUGCCACAAUCGAUUUGCCCUCAUGAUGCAUUUACGAAUUCACACCGGAGAAAAACCAUUCGAAUGCACUUUUGCGAACUGUGGUCAAUCGUUUGGCCGUCAGGACGCACUUAUGCGGCACCGGAAAGCAGAACACGGAGAAGAACAUUUGGAUGGCGCACCAAGCGGUCCUGCAGUCAAGUCAGGAUCCAACUUGAACAAAAAACCAUUAAACUUGCCACUUUCAAAGGCACCAAAAGGUUUUGAAGGCGAUACACCACCGAAGAAGCGAAAACAAAUUUCCGGAGAUUUUGGAACUAGUGAAGACACUCCAAGCUCACGCGAAUACACAUUAGCCAAAGCUAAACUCCAAUAUAUUGUCCGAGAGAAUGAGAUGCUAAAUGAUGAGUUGAUGAUUGCGCAAAAGAAGUUGAGACGACUAGAGACAGAAAGACGGGUGCUUCUGGAUGUUCUGAUGUCAACUGAUGGUGAUCGUGAAGAGAUGUCUUCACUUUAA